UUCCUUCUGUCUUCUUUUACUGUGAAAAUUUGUCUGCAGCUAGCAAAAUUUGGUGUGGAAAAAGUUAAAAUUACUGUGGAAAUUCUUAAAAAAUAUCAAUAUAAGUAAUUAAAAUAGCCUUCUUACAAAGAGGACUAUGUCCAAAGAAGAACUGAAAGCCGAAGUAAUGGAAGCAAAUGAUAAUUCGAAUGAGACUACUUCCGAAGCAACCACUUCUUCUGCUGAGAAGGAAGUGGACUUCGACAAUAAAAUCGAAACUGAUCGUGGCAAACGUUUUGAUUUCUUGCUAAAGCAAACUGAGAUUUUUACGCAUUUCAUGACAAAUAGCUCAAAGAGCCCAACAAAACCUAAAGGACGUCCGAAAAAGAACAAGGAUAAGGAAAAAGAGAAGGAGAAGGACGGCAAUGCUGAUCACAGGCACCGUAAAACCGAACAGGAGGAAGAUGAGGAGCUCUUGGCCGAGGAUACGGCAUCGAAAGAGAUCUUCCGUUUUGAGAGCUCACCUAGCUACAUUAAAAAUGGCGAAAUGCGCGAUUAUCAGGUGCGUGGCUUGAAUUGGAUGAUAUCGCUCUAUGAAAAUGGCAUUAAUGGUAUAUUGGCCGAUGAGAUGGGUUUGGGUAAGACUUUGCAAACAAUUUCCUUGCUCGGCUAUCUAAAGCAUUUCAAAAAUCAAGCCGGCCCACAUAUUGUCGUUGUACCAAAAUCGACUUUGCAAAAUUGGGUUAUCGAAUUUAAAAAGUGGUGCCCGUCGCUCCGCGCCGUCUGUCUCAUUGGUGAUCAGGAUGCGCGUAAUACUUUUAUACGUGAUGUUUUACUACCUGGGGAGUGGGAUGUUUGCGUGACCUCCUAUGAAAUGUGCAUACGUGAGAAGUCUGUUUUUAAGAAAUUCAAUUGGCGUUACAUGGUUAUAGAUGAAGCUCAUCGCAUCAAAAACGAAAAAUCUAAGCUUUCAGAAAUUUUGCGCGAGUUUAAAACAGCUAAUCGCCUGCUUAUCACUGGUACACCAUUGCAGAAUAAUUUGCAUGAAUUGUGGGCUUUGCUAAACUUUUUGUUGCCCGAUGUUUUCAAUUCAUCGGAAGAUUUCGAUGAAUGGUUUAAUACGAACAAUUGUUUGGGUGAUGACGCACUAAUAACCCGUCUACAUGCCGUAUUGAAACCGUUCUUGUUGCGUCGUCUCAAAGCCGAAGUGGAACGUCGCCUUAAGCCUAAGAAGGAAAUCAAAAUAUUUGUUGGUUUGUCCAAAAUGCAGCGUGAAUGGUAUACAAAAGUUUUGAUGAAGGAUAUAGAUGUUGUAAAUGGCGCCGGUAAAUUAGAGAAAAUGCGCUUGCAGAAUAUUUUGAUGCAACUACGUAAGUGUACCAAUCACCCGUAUCUUUUCGAUGGGGCUGAACCCGGCCCACCGUAUACGACAGACACGCAUUUAGUAUAUAACUCUGGCAAAAUGGUUAUUUUGGAUAAAUUAUUGCCUAAGCUGCAAGAACAGGGUUCACGUGUGCUUAUAUUCUCACAAAUGACUCGUAUGUUGGAUAUUCUUGAAGAUUACUGUCUGUGGCGCAACUACCAGUAUUGCCGUUUAGAUGGUCAAACACCACACGAGGAUCGAAACCGACAAAUACAGGAAUACAACAUGGACAAUAGUACUAAAUUCGUCUUCAUGCUUUCCACUCGCGCUGGUGGUUUGGGUAUUAAUUUAGCAACCGCGGAUGUAGUUAUUAUUUACGAUUCAGAUUGGAAUCCACAAAUGGACUUGCAGGCUAUGGAUCGCGCACAUCGUAUCGGUCAAAAGAAGCAGGUGCGGGUAUUCCGAUUCAUCACUGAAAACACAGUGGAAGAGAAGAUUGUCGAACGUGCGGAAGUGAAAUUACGUUUAGACAAACUGGUCAUACAACAAGGUCGCCUCGUUGACAGCCGCACUGCACAGUUGAACAAAGAUGAAAUGUUGAAUAUUAUUCGAUUCGGCGCUAACCAUGUAUUCGCUUCAAAAGAUUCAGAACUCACAGACGAAGAUAUUGAUAGUAUUUUGGAACGUGGCGAGGCGAAGACGGCUGAAGAAAAGGCUAAGCUCGAUGAAUUGGGUGAAAGUUCUUUACGCACAUUUACUGUCGAUACUGGUGGCGGCGAAGGCGGCUCUACAUCUGUGUAUCAGUUUGAAGGUGAAGAUUACCGUGAAAAACAGAAACUGAAUGCAUUAGGCAAUUGGAUCGAACCGCCUAAGCGUGAGCGCAAAGCUAAUUACGCUGUCGAUGCAUAUUUCCGUGAGGCAUUGCGCGUCUCGGAACCAAAAGCACCGAAAGCGCCCCGCCCACCUAAACAGCCUAUUGUUCAAGACUUUCAAUUCUUUCCGCCACGUCUAUUUGAGCUGCUUGAUCAGGAGAUCUACUACUUCCGCAAAACAGUAGGCUAUAAAGUGCCAAAGAAUCCUGAAUUAGGCUCUGAAGCCACUAAAAUGCAACGAGAAGAACAACGUAAGAUUGAUGAAGCAGAGCAGCUGACCGAGGAGGAGGUUGCCGAGAAGGAGUCCCUGUUGACACAGGGUUUCACCACAUGGACCAAACGUGAUUUUAAUCAAUUUAUCAAAGCAAACGAAAAAUAUGGGCGUGAUGACAUCGAAAACAUUGCUAAGGAUGUAGAAGGUAAAACGCCUGAGGAGGUCAUAGAAUACAAUGCAGUGUUUUGGGAGCGCUGUCAUGAGUUGCAGGACAUCGAACGAAUUAUGGGCCAAAUUGAGCGCGGAGAAGCGAAGAUACAACGAAGACUGUCCAUAAAAAAGGCACUGGACCAGAAGAUGUCACGCUAUCGCGCACCUUUCCACCAGUUACGUCUGCAGUAUGGCAAUAAUAAGGGCAAAAAUUACGUAGAGCGUGAAGACCGUUUUCUGGUUUGUAUGUUGCACAAGCUCGGAUUCGACAAAGAAAAUGUCUACGAGGAAUUACGGGAUGCUAUACGUUCAUCACCAGAAUUUCGUUUCGAUUGGUUCAUUAAAUCCCGUACAGCGCUUGAAUUACAACGUCGCUGCAACACCCUAAUCACACUCAUUGAGCGAGAGAAUCUUGAGCUUGAAGAAAAGGAACGCCAAGAGAAAAAGAAGAAAGCAGCCAAGAACUCGACUGGCGCGAGUACAACUAGUGCACCACCAGCAAAGACAAAUCAAAAGCGCAAAUCGGAGGCAUUGCCUGUGGAGAAGAACGCUAAGAAGAAGAAAAAGUAAAUUAUGAGUAUUGCAAUAACCACUAUAACAUCGUCAUAAGAAACAACUAACAGUUGUAACCGUCGUUACUAACUGUAAAACAACAAAUUGCUUCUACUUUUUGCGGAUAAUACACAACUAUGCAACUGAGGGUAAUUUUUUUUUUUUAUAAAAUUGUGCAAGCUCAACUCUGCGUAAUUUA